AAUGAUGGUGAGCCAAUUAGAAGAUCGAUAUGUUAUAGCACUCACCUACUUUAAUGAUUAACAUCGUUAACGUCAAACAUUUCUCAUUUAAUUAGCUGUUAAGAGAUCUAAAUCUAAAAUUAUUAAAUCAAACUGUACGUUGAGAUACCAUUUUUAGGGGAGAGAGUCGUAACAGUAAAUAAAAUAAAAGUGUAUUUAUUACUCCUUAAGUCCUUUAUGCUCUUCUGUUCUGAUGUGAUUCUUCUUUUGCAUGUAUCUCAUAGAUUGAUUUGUAUAAACACACAAGAAAGAACCAUCACCAUGCCUUCGGAGUUAACUCAGGAAGAACGAUCCGCCCUCGCACAAUCCAUCGCCGAGUUCCACACUUACCAGCUCGGUCCAGGAAGCUGCUCCUCGCUCCACGCGCAGCGAAUCAACGCGCCGCCGGAGAUCGUCUGGUCAGUCGUCCGUCAGUUCGACAAACCGCAGACCUACAAACACUUCAUCAAAUCCUGCUCCGUCGAGGAAGGAUUCGAGAUGCGUGUUGGAUGCACGCGCGACGUGAUCGUGAUCAGUGGAUUGCCGGCGAACACGUCGACGGAGAGGCUCGAUAUACUCGACGACGAGAGGCGAGUGACGGGGUUCAGCAUCAUCGGAGGAGAGCAUAGGCUGGUGAAUUACAAGUCGGUGACGACGGUGCACAGGUUCGAGAAGGAGAGACGGGUAUGGACGGUGGUGCUCGAGUCGUACGUCGUGGAUAUGCCGGAAGGGAACUCGGAAGACGAUACAAGAAUGUUCGCUGAUACUGUCGUUAAACUGAAUCUGCAGAAAUUGGCAACUGUCACCGAAGCCAUGGCUCGUAACGCCGCCGGUGAGCGAGGCGGUUCUCAGAGUAUUUUUGGAUCGACCACAUGCUCAACAUUCGAUCGAUCCGUAAAAUGAUGGUCGAUCUCCUUGGCCAGAGUCCGGAGUGAUGGGUGGUUAUGUAUCUUGUUGGGUUAACCUGAUACGACUGUUGGAGGAAGAAACAUUGUUUUAGGUUUUAAAAAUGUUGGCUUUUAUUGUGUUACAAAUUGACCAAAAUUAGCUUUAAAAAACAAUAUGAUUGGAAUAUGUUUAAGGUAGCACUAUUGUUCGAAUAAUUUGAAAAUAUAGCAGCUAAUAGAUAUCAAAAGCAUGCGAGUAAAUAGCAGUAUCAUAAAGCCUUCUUGACUGUAUGCUCUGUUGUUGGCACUGGUCCUUCUUCAACAGUGCAUCUGCCUAAAGCAACCUGAACAUGUGCGGUGAUGGUCUCUAGGAAGAAACACAUCUGCCUCCCGCCUCCGAACAUAUCACUGCAAGGGUUGUCGCAAUUGAAAUCUAUAGUAGUGUAUGGUGUAAUUGUCAUAAGAAAAUGACUCAAUUCUCAAGAAUCAUGUCCACUUUUUUGUUUCCAUUCAACAACAAAGAUAAAUAGAAUCAUAAUAUUAUUCUUUUAAUAUCUAUUAUAUAUUUCUUACCCAAGAUAAAUUCAAAGUGUUACAAAGAAACUUGAACAUCAUCUCAACUGAUCAUCAUAAUGAGAAUCUCAGUGUCACACAAACACAUAAUCAGACAUCUACUUUGUGUAUAGAACACAAUUUAUUAUAUAGGCGGUGUGUAUGUGUACUUGUGUUAUUAAAUGUAAUGGAGUGCUUCUUUCUUCAAUACACACUCCUACGAACAGGAAAAGGAAGAGUGUGUAUGUGUACUUGUGUUAUCCGAAUUACUUCCAUAUCUCAUUGUCCAUAUGCCACAAUGGUAAAUUGCAGCAUUCUAACCUUCAAAUACCACAAUGGAUCCUCCUAAGUAUAUCACUGCUUAAGCUACUUCAUGUGCACUCACCACCAUGCCGUUGAGGAUCCACAUUCUUCUGCAAAGUGAAAAUCCAGAUUUAAGUUUUAUUCAUGGCUUUCUUGGUUGGUAAGUACAUCAACAAAUUAAAAUUAACAGAUAAACAUGGAUGAUUAAAGAGACACUCGAUAGUAGGCAAUGUACAUGAAAGUCUGAGCCAUUUACCUUCUUUUGUGGAUCUUUCUCAAGGUUUGAUUGAAAAAUUGUUCAUGUGAUGUCAUAAACAUGUUUAAAACCAAACAUGAACCCCAGCCGCCAGAUUACAAUAACCAAAAGAAAAUAAAGCUUUCCAUCAGCGAAUGCAAGCACAGUGUUUUUGAAAUGAAAAUCUUGUACCUUAACUGUUAAAUCUUUCUUCAGCUCUAUCGUUUCAGUAACAUGCCUUACAAAGAACCCCACUAACAACAGAGAGAGCAACUUCAUUCACCCCUUGAUCGAUCGUACACCUCCUUCUUACAACUUGCAAGGCCAAAACACUGUAUCUAAAGGCAUACAAAAGCUCAGCACAAUAAAAUCAAGGAUUACAUUUGAAAGCUGGAAAAAUAAGCAAGUAUUACCAAAUGCAGUGGAUAUAUUGGAUGGUCAAAAACAGAACCAUAGCUCAUGUAGAUGACUGUUUCAUCAUUGAUACACUUCCAAUAUACCACGUCAUCCUUACUCUUUCUGUCACACUUAAUAGAUGCAGACGAACCUUGCAUUUGAUCCUUUCCUGUAGCCAUCUUUAUCUCUCACCUUCCGUUAAUUACCUGAUCUUAACCCCGAAGAAAUCAUGCGACAACGAAAAGCGAAUCAGUGAAUCAUAUGCUUAGCUCUAUAAAUGAUCGAGAAGAUUGAAAUGAUAAAUUUCAAGGCAUGAGACUGACCUUUUUGUAAUAUGGAUUCAGGAGAACAAAAGGCGGAGUUAAAUAAGAGACCUGAGAAUCCAGCAGGAGCAUAUCAACUCCCAUGAGCUCUCCACCACGGCGGACAUUCCUGGCCUCCCAGAAACGGAGCAACCGGACUUGAACAGUGGAGUAGGAUCGGCCCGUCUGCUGAUCGGAGAGGAAGACCAAAACGUUAGCCAUAGCUCACAUAUUUAGUUUACUGGUUAGUUUAGGACGAAUGAGCGAAUGAUUCUUACCUUUUUAUAGUUGAACUUAAACCGCCUUUCAGAAUAAGACCCCGCAUUGAAUAUGGAUAGUGGGUGAUAGAUUAAUUGAGGGUUUUAAGAGAAUUCGGUAACUGGUAUCGUUUCGUAUGAGGAAGAAGAUGAAAGAUCGAUUGAGAAACUCUCAUCGCCAUGAGCUCCGGAGAGGUGAAGAAGAACACAGGAUCUAACCCUUAAGGAAAACACGGCGUUUCAUGCUGGCUGAGAUGAUAAACGGACUGGUCUGUAAGAAGUUCACACGAAGCCCGGCCCAAACGGAUUGCACACAUCUAUUAAUGAAACGCAGCGGAUUGGUUAUCAUGACACGUGUCGCAUCCAGAAGAAACGAUUUGAUGACGUGUCUCUCUAAGGAGAGAGACAAAGUCUUCUUUAUAGUAUUAGAUUAACUUUGUUUUGCAAUUGCAUAAUAGAGUUUUUGUUCAUACAUGUGUUUUUCUUCUGUUUGUUACACACUAGAAUCAGACCGACGAAUAUUACAUCUUUCAGCCAGGUGUAAAAUGUUAAAAUACCACAUUUACUGAAAACGAAAUAAAAUAGUAUGCAUGA